GAAGUUUAAAUCGCGCGCGCGCGCUACCAUCGCCUCAAACCGAUUAGGGAGAUCCCCCGAAGCUUCAAACACAAGAGAGAGGACAACUCCCAUUGGUGCAAUUCUACCUACUGUUUAUCUAGCGCCCAAUUACAUUUCUCGUAAAUGCGAAGAAAAUAAUUAUAUGAAUAUUCAUAAUUUGCACUUCAUCAGUUCAUGUUUACCUUGACAAGAUAGACUGACUGUGUACUGUUUGUAUGACAGCCUCCGGCUCCACGUCAAUUUUGAGUUGUCAUCACCAGUUUUUGUAACGCUGAGUAGGCCAUCCGAAGGUUAAAAAUGUCUUUUAGUUACUGGUCGAUGGUAACAUUGAUUUAAUGAUUGUUCCAAUUCCGACUGGACUAACUCGUGUCAAGACAACGAACGAAGAGCUAGAUAAUUGGGCGUCCGUCUGUCCUGGAGACGGAGUCUGGACCUGUGGCUGUGCGAGGACCGAGGGCGAGGGCCGAGGCAGCUGCAUAUCUGCAGACAGUGUUCACCAUCGAGAGUUUUCGAGACCAUAAAGUUUGCUCGAAGCCCCUAUCUGAGCUGACCUGGGCUGCCGGAUUGGCAGCACUGUUCCUGCCGUCUCUACCCCGCGGCUUGUCCGAUCGACGUGCUCCGGCACCCGAACUGCAUCUCGGGGGACGUUUUCUGCUCUGUGCACUUUUCUCAUCUCAGACUCAGCUCAGCGGAUGUUUUUGAGAUUACGAAAAAGAAAGGCACUAACUAAGAAAAUCAACGAUAACUUCGACGCUCCUUGAGGAGAAACUUCAGAGUACAGCAACUUUAUGACAGGCUGCCCAGUUGCUCUGUAAAGAGGUGUCUAAGACAAAGCAUAGAAAAGCAUGGGGCAAGCAGUGAGGAGGAUUCGUCGGGAGUCGAGUCUGACGUCAUGGAACAUGGUCAGGGGAAGGAGUGGCUUGAGAAGGUUUCCCAGCUUCUUGGACCCCCAUCAGAAGUUUCCGGACAUCGUCAGCCUUCCUCCGGAGAUUGCGCUGAUGGUGCUGUCAAACCUGAAUGCCACGGACCUCUGCCUUGCGAUGACAGUCAACGACUUCUGGAGGGAACUUGCCAGUGAUGAAAUGCUGUGGCAAGGUUUAUGCAGGGCUACUUGGGGAUGCGUCACUGCGUAUGAAGGAGGAAACAGUGAGAACUUUUCUUGGAAAGCGCUUUACAUGACCUUAGAUGAAGCAACACUUACAUUCAAUUCUAGUGCAGACAUGGGGCUCGAGUACUUAUUUAACCACCAGCUGAUCAAUAAUGAUGUUCAAGAAAUAGCCAAGUUUAUUCACACCACGAACAGACUUCAUCGGAGACGUGUUCGGGACCUUCUUUCAAGAAGGCAAGACAUCUUAGAAGCAAUCAUCAAGCUGGAUGACUAUGCCAACAAAUUCCUUCCCAACGCUCUCAGGACAUUCUUCUCUAAUGUUGAUUCACCCAGUGUAAGUGGUAGAGAUCUCCAUGGACUCCUUCAGAAGUUUGCUGAGAGGUUCAUCAACUGCAACCCAGACUGUGGCAUGACAAAAGAUGCCAUCUGUAUUCUCUCCUACUCACUCAUCAUCCUCUCCGUUGACCUAACAAGCCCGCACGUCAAAAAUAAGAUGUCCAAACGGGAGUUCAUCAGGAAUGUUCGGCAAGCAACAACGGAGGUGGGUGAUGAGCUUGCGGGUCAUCUCUAUGACAAUAUCUACCUUGUGGGUCACAUUGCGCCGCAGAAGUGGGUCGAGUAGGCAAUCCUAAAAAAAGCCUUGCAGUGACAUUUUUUUUCGAUCCCGUUCUAUACUUUGUAAAUUAGAUUGAAGAUAUUUCUAUAUUUGUGUGGUGACGUAUCAUUGCAAUAGAUGGAAGCACAGCUCGCGGUGCAGUCCUGUGAUUUGUAAGUAUUUGUUUCCUCGGCAUAUUUGCUGCUUCGGUGACUUUGAAAUCACAUUAUGGUUUGGUGAGUACCGGGGCUGCCAAGUCACACAUAUUUUCAGGGAAACUCUCUGAAGUUAAAUGAUUUUAGAGGAGAAAACUACCUAAUUUCAAUGAUAAUUAUCAGGUUGUGCAUUAUCCAUUGUACGUACCUAAGCGUUUACAGCAGGAUAGACCUGGCUCUGACUAAUGACAAGGCGCUUUGUUCAAUUGAGAACCAGUGCCCUGCUUCACAAAGACUCACAACAUUUGGUUUAUUAUCGAUUGGUCGAAUGCCAAUUCGUCCAAUUACCAACUCGUCUACUCUCAAUUGGUCUACCAUCACUUCAUCAACUAUCCACACGGUCUAAUUUCCAUUUCGUCCACUCACUGUUUUGUCCGGUGUGUUUGCUCAGUUGGUAGAGCGUCUGUCUCACAACUGGGAGGUCGGGGGUUCAAACCCCGGCCGCGUCGGACCAAAAGACGUUAAAAGAUGGGAGUUGCUGCUACCCUGUUUGGCGUUCAACAAGUAAAGGGAUAGAGCCUCAUCGAUCUGGCGCUGCACCGCGGCUGCCGGGCCCACGAUCAAUUGGGCAAAAUAUUUUCAGAGCGUUUCAUUUCUGGUGUCUAUUUCGAACAAUAAAGUAUGGAUUGUAAGGAUUGUAAGAUUGUCUUAUAACCAGUUGGUCCAGAGGCCAUUUAGUCCAUAUACCAUUUGUUCUAAUUGGAAUAAGUGUUCAUUGGGCGAAAUGAAAGAAAAUUAAAUGGAUAUUAGACGAAAUGGUCAUAGACGAACUGGUGAUUAGAUGAAGUGAUGAUUGGACCAAAUGGUUGUUAGACAAAAUGUUGAUGGACUGAAUGGCAUUACACAAAAUGAAGUUAGACCAUGUGAUUAGUGGACCAGUUGGCAAUAGACGAAUUGGCAAUUAACCCUCACAUUGUCUUUAUUGCAACUACCAUGGAAGCCUUGAUUCUGUUGGCUGCUGAGCCCUGUUACCAUGGUGGUUACUAUACAUGUAAUUGCAAAGUUGAUAUAUGAAGCAGGCCUUGGGUUAAGAAUUUAGAAUUACCUCAUACCAAUCUCAACAUCCUACUUAAGAUAGGGAGGCCCCAUUACCUGAAGAUUUGUGAUCAAUUUUAGAUCGAGGCUCUGAUUGGUUCAUAGCAGGCAUGGUGAACAACAUGCACUUGCAACAGUGAUUUUGGAUGGUUAUUAGCCAUUAGCAAUUGAUUGCAAACCUUUGUGCAUAUGCGCCUCAAAGAUAAGAUCAAUUUGUAUUAAAAUCGAUUUCAAAAGAUUACAGCUCUUUGUUUAUACAUGUAUAUGGCAAGACUCAAAAUGUUUUCAUCAUGCAAAUACUUUCCCAGAUAUUAAAAGCUGAGCACUCUUAAGCCUCCAAUAUUGAGAUCAAGGAAAAUUUGCACCCAGCUAUAUGUAUUUUUUCAUGGGAGAGCUACACAUAUUUUCACUGCCAACAGUAUCUUGCAACAACAACUAAUUUUACUGUGAAUGUUCAUAAGCUAUUUCCUUGGCAUAAUACAUUAUUUCAUCUCUGCCUGAUGCUUGGCAUAUGUGAAAGGAACAAUGUCUUAACCUCCAGGGAAUGUUUCAUAAAACCUUUUAUUUGUGUCAUAUCACUGUUUUGAUACGAAUUGAUUGGAAUAUACCAUGCGAUGAGUGAUUCUAUUACAGACACCAUUCAAGUUCAAUUACGAUAUCAAUUCAAAUUCUUUGUGUUCACAACUUCACAUACAUUGCAAGUGUGUCAAACAUACCACAAAGUGGCAAGAGAUCACAAUGGUUUUAUUUGAAAAGUGGACAAGCUUGAUUGAAAAAAAAAACUCUGGAUCAAACCAAAAAGAACAGGAAGCUUAAAAAAAGAAUUAUGAUAGACGUGAGAAAUGUAACAUUUGAGCUGAGUUUAUGUAUUGCUUGAUUAUUUUAGUGAAUUCAUGUAUAGGCCAAAUAUGUGAUAGAAUCAUUUAUUCUAUUGUUGAAAAAAAAUAAAAAUAAAACUUGAGUUUGCUUGCUUGAUGUGCUAUCUCAAUGGGUGAGACACUUUUUUUUUUUGGGGGGGGAGGGUGGGUUCUCCUCCCCUCUAUUAUGGUAUGAUUCAAGUUACGCUACUCUGUAUGGAUCAUUAGCAAAGUGAAAAGUAAUUUUUGUUAGUAGAAUGCAUAAGAUUUAAAGAGAUAUAUUUCAAAGAAAAUUAUUUAUGAACUGUAUGUGCCUACAUCUAUCCAAAGUUUAUUUACAAUGAUCCUCUACUGAAAUUCUAUAUUGCAUGGCCUAAACAUUAUACGUUGCUACUACCAAGCAUUUAAUACCAAUGUGUUGAGUACAUAUAUUAUAAUGAACACAUAUUUCUGAGAGGAAUUUUCUUUCAAACUUUAUACUUGUAACGUACUAUGAAAUGUGCUUGUCAUUUCUAAGGCAGACAUCCCUUGUUUUAAGAACUGGUAAUUGUUAUGUACUGCAUAAAGAAAUGUAAUUCUAAGAGGAUUGGUUCUGAAUGUUAAUAGUAUAAUUUCACAUGCAUUUCUAGAUUGAACGUCAAUUUCUUGAAAUUUGGGUAUUGCAUCGGAUCUGUCUAUGCGCAUGUAAGGGACAUGGCAAACAUGUGUAAAUAAAUUAACGUUAAGGACAAGCAUUCUUCUUUUUUUUCAUUAAAUUCCAGAUUUACUCCACAGGUAAUACAGGGUACUGCACAAAUCUACCCCUUGAAAAACCAAACUCACAUUUUUUCAGGCAUUUUCAUUUCACAUAUAGCCAGAAUAACAAGCAUUUCCAUGGUUACUUAGUUAAAAGAUGUAAGCUAAAGAUAUAACAAAAUGUCAAAAAGUAAAAAUUAAAAAGAAAUCUGAUAUUUUUUUUUCUUGCAGUUACUGCCAGAUCAUGAGACAUGGGAGGGUAUAUUUGUUUUCACCUUAUACUCACCCAUCUUUGAGUUUUUUUUUUCUUUUUUAUGAUAUUAUCUUUGGAAUUGCGAACAUACAUUAUGAGUGUGCAGGUAUAUAGAUGUCUUAUGUGUAAAAUUAUUGGAUACAAAAUCUAUGCAAUCAUUUAUACAAAUUUUUAUCAAAUCAUUUCCCGUUUGCUGCACUGUUUGUGACCCCCCCCCCCCACCCUAUGCAUGCUCUAUUUUGCUCAUUAGUGUAAUGAUGAAGGUUUAUUAUUAGGCAUAGAUUGUUUAAUUACUUGAAAAUUGCAUUUUCAUGUUUAUAUUAAUUAAGGCAAUUUAUUUGGGAAACAUUUCAACUUUAACUAGUUUUUCAAAUGAUUAAAAUUAAUUUGUUUCUAGCACACACAUUAUCAGGCAGGGUCAACUUCACUGAGCCUUUGUUACAUUUGUCAGAGGUUUUUAAAAAAGAAAAUAUAAUUAUAGAAAAGAACGUGAUUGUCAUCCAAGUUGGCAUUGGAUUCCAAUUUAAAGGUGAAUCCAAUCUUGGUCAAAAAAUGUGUUGGAAAAAAGAAAAAUAAGAAAAAGAGAAUGGUGAAAGUUUUGAAAGAAAUUGGGCAAGCAAUAAGAAAAUUAUGGCUGCUUUAAAAUUUAGAUCCCUAAGUCUAUGUAAAUUUCAAAUUGGUAACUGGGUAAUUAAAUUAUGACAAGAGGCAAGCCCCAAGGACAACUUUCCCAUAGAUAAUGUACUUAAUUAUCAGGAUUUUGUGGUUUGCUACUAAAUACCUAUUCCCCUUGGGCAGUAAUCAAAAUAUAACCCAGGUGGCAUAUUGUUUUAUGUCUUUUUGAAAGAAAAAUAUAAUUUGAAGAAUAACAUAAAAAAAUGAAAUUUUAGCCAUUUUAUACUUGGAGUAAGUGGAAGAUUAGUCCUGCCUUACAUCACUAUGACAUCACAAAUGUGGCCAAUUUGAAGACUCCAUGGGUAUAUAGUGAUUACGGUUUUUACAACCUUUAAAAAUUGAUAACUUUCUUAUUGUUCGUCUGAUGUUGAUCGAACUAUCACUUAUCAACUUGUCUGAUUUUUUUUCUCUAAAGCAACUUUUUACUUGGAUUGGACUCCCCUAUAAUUUAUUUGGAUGCUUACCUUGUGCAUCAUUAUGAUAGUGCACUAUGAUUUCAUAUUGCACGUAAUGGAACGCGAGGUAAAAUCUGCAUUUUUCUCUGUUCAAUAUUUUUUUUCAAUAUGGAAUAUACUUUUCUUUGAAUCCUAUUUAGAAAAUGCUCAAAUAUGUAGAAAAGUACAAAAUUUACAUGUUCCAGUGGACUUUUAGCCGUCCCACAUUCUUGUUGCAAACUAGGAUUUCUUUUAUCAAUUUUUUUUUACAAAAAGAAAUCCAGUCGUGUGUAGAUAGCAUUUCAUAAUUUAACCAUAACUUUAAGAAUUUAGUGCAAUAUAUCGUAAGACAAACGGUCAAGAAAAUAUAAAUAGUUCUCUUUCCUUACAUAAACUGUUUAUGAGGCCAGUUGGAAACUAUACAAAUGAUUGCAUUAUUCCGUAGCAAGGAAAAGGGAUUGAAUAUGUAUAUGUAUUUUUAUUUUUUUAUUUUGUGUAUAGUAUUCCAUUAACACUUGCUCGCACAAAAUCUAGUCUGCUUUUUCCCCUGAGCCCGCUUUUCCUCAUCUCGCACGCUCUUUCUCUCUCUCUGUUUCUUUCUUUCUCUUUCCCUCUCUCUCUGUUUCUUUCUUUCUCUUUCCCUCUCUUUCUGUCUCUUUAUUUUGAGUUUAUCUUGAGCAUUGCAUAUAGAUUUAUGCACAUUUUAGUUGUUUUUUUUGUUGAAAAUAAUAUGACUUGUAUUUUGAAAAAAGAAACGUUUUUCCCUUUCUGUUGAUCAUUUAAUGAUUAAGUACAACAGAUAUGUGCGAACCAAGGGAUGCCAACCUAUGUCUUAUAUUUCAUGUUGUACUCUUGUUAUGAAGCUCAAAUUAGAUUACAGUUAGUACUACUAUACAAAAAAGCAAUUGUCACUUUUUCAAAAGGUAUCUAGCUCCCUCUAUUGGUAGUGAGGGAGAGGGGCUUUCUUAUAAAAUAGAAAUUGAUUUCUAUUAUGGGCUAAUAUGGGGCAAUCAAAUAACAGUGAACAGGCUUACUCAUUUAAGACCAGUUAUAACUAAAAUCUGCCUGUCAAAUAAUUGUUUUAAUGGAUAUUAGUUAUUACCAAUGCAUUUUAUUUUAUUGUUAGAAUGGCAUUAAUGAUUCUUUAACAACUAUUAGUAGAUGGCCUUAAAAGUUGUAAUUUUUAUUUCAGGUUUUUUUUUGGGGGGGGGGGGAUGUUAACAAAUAUCCUACUGGAGCCAGGCAAUCCAUAUUAAAAGCCUCUAUGGGAAUUAAAGAAUUCAGGGUGGUGUUUCUUGUUUACAAAUAACUUUAAAGACCAGUGACUUUUUGUGCUCAAUCAGAUUAUUAGUAAUUCAUAUUCCAAUCAGCUAAUGGUAAAAUCCAACGUUUAGAUUACAAAAACUUAUUGUUAAGCAUUUGAAUGCGAAGGUUUUUUUUUGUCAAUGUUUAACUAAAAUACAGACAUUUUACUCUCAUUAUGUUAAACAGGGAAAAUCUUGGGUUUUGCACUAGAAAGGGUCACCAGUGAGUCGUGCAUGAAAUCUUGCAUAUCUACAAACAACUUUAUAAAACAACUCCCAUUAGCCAGAGGGUUCAUUGGGUGAAUGUGUUUCAUAUCUUGAUAUGUUUAAUUAAUUACUGAUGUUCAAACCAAAAUCAAUGUGAUAUUUUUUUAUUUCUAUGUAUUGAAAUAAAUACAGACCAGUUGUGGUAAACAACAACCAGUCAAGCUCUUAACUUUUCUUUAAUCUUGAAGAUUUAUUUUCAAGUCUCGAUGAUUUAGAUGAAAAUGGGUAAACUUGAAUUCAGUUAGUCUGGUGUUCGGCUGGUCAGUAACACCACCAAAUUACUUGAUUUCAAAUCCAUGAAAUGUAUAAUGUGUACCAUUUUAUUGUCUUAAGUGCAGCUGUAAGCUCUAAAUACAUGUAAUUCAAAAGUAUGGUCUGAGCUCUUCUAAUGGUUUCUAUUUCUGAGCCAGAACGAUCUAAAUCACACUGCCUCUCUGAUUUUGACAGAUGAAUGGGGAUUUUUAAGACAAUAAUUUAGCACAAACUCACCAUUGAAUGUACAUGUUUUUAUGAUCUUUCUGACAUUUUUACAAAUAGUUGAGUCAACUUGGUUUGGUUUCGAUUCUCUACAACGCAUCUCAGAAAACAUAACUUAGAAAUGAUUCAAGUUUUGUCAUAAUCUCAGUUAUAUUAUAAUGAAUAAAAUGAUAGGUUCUCUACAUGUGAUUCCCAGAAAACAAAGGAAAUUUUCAAUGCUUUAUCAUAACCUAAUAUCAAUUAUGGUAGGUAAGAGGAACUACUGUCAGUAUAAUUAUUAUGAAAUAUGUAAGGUUUUACCUUUUUUUUCAGUGGUCUUAAGAAAUGCUGAAUAUUUUGUUGCUUUUGUGUGUGAAUAUAUUUCCGUUUAUUUUAAUUGUUAUCAUUCUUUACUGGACAGAAUGAAUGAUUUGUGGGCAGGGAGUUUCCUGACUACAAUUACAAUAUUCUUUUUAAGAAAAUCAAUAAUUGGUUAAUUCUUUAAAAGUUUGUUUAUUAAAAAUCUUUAACCCAUUUUGUUACAGAUUUUAUGCUGUAUAGACUCCAUCAUUAAUGCUAUACUUUUGAGAAUCUAAACUUUGCAAUGAUAAAAUGGAAUUUUUUUUUUGCUUUUCCAUUCGUAAUUUAUUUUUUAUGUCUACCUUAUUGUGUGAGUUCUUUAAAUGGAUCAUGUGUCAGGUGACUAGUCACGUGACAUACAUAUGACUUCUAUUACGCUUUAUCUGAAAACGUAAUGACUUACUGUUAAAGCAUAUUGUACAUUGACCUGUAUAGUGUAUAUCUCAGAGAGUUUGAAUUUAUGUAUAUUUGCCGUGUGACUAAAUAUCAAGCUUUCUCAUUUGAUAUUCUGCAUCAUACUUUAAAGAAUGCUUGGAUAAUAAAUAAAAAAUCUA